AUGCCCAUAUAUAGUCACUAUAAUGCGCAUUACGCCGCCAACAAGGUAGAGGCGGCGGAGCGCAGGGUCGCUAUUCUCGAGCGCAAGGUCGCAAAGCUCGAGAGCGACCUUGAGGACAGUAACCAGCGCGCCGCGACGCUCGAGUCCCGCCUCGCGAAGCUCUCGAAGGACGUCAGGAAGAUGCGGAAGUGA